GGCACAGUAAGACUUCCGCUGUUUUCCCUUCUCACUCUCAGUUCGACCAUAUUAUUCAGCAAGAGUGGGACAAACCUGAGAGACGUUUUCAAACAAACCACCGCUUCCAAAAGCUCUAUCCUUUCCCUAGCGAGGUUACUGAGAAGUGGUCGCUGCCACCUUCAGUGGAUGCACCAGUCUCUCGACUGUCCAAAAAUACUGCUCUCCCAGUCCCUGACGCCUCCUCAUUCAAGGAUUCCAUGGACAAAAAACUAGAAAGCCUUCUGCGGUCUCUUUUUUCAGCUUUGGGCACUUCCCUUCAACCUGUUUUAGCAACAGCCUGGGUGAGCAGAGCCAUUCAAUCCUGGUCUGAUUCUCUUCUCAACGCUAUCGAAUCGGGGGCUCCCCAACACGAACUUUCUCAAUGGGCCUCUCAGAUAAAGGAAACAAAUGAUUAUAUUUCCGAAGCCUCCUUAGACGCUGCUCAAGUCAUCAGUAGGUCUUCGGCACUCGCAAUUGCAGCCCGUAGAUCCUUAUGGAUGAAGUUAUGGUCUGCUGAGUGACAAAAGAAAUCCCUGACCUCCAUACCCUUCAAGGGUAAGUUGCUUUUUGGGCCUGAUUUGGACAAGAUCAUCAGCCAAGCUACUGGGGGCAAAAGUACUCUCGUACCUCAGCCCAAGGCUCGGUCUACCUUUCGCAGAAGAAGACAUUUUCGUGGCUCCCAAACAAAGGGCUCGAGAUCCUCCCCUCCGAGACAAUCCUUCUUGGCACGGGGACGCCUGGCUAACAAACAAAGACCAGUCUGGCAAAACAGGAAGUUCACUCCUAAGUCCGGGGACAAGUCUACUUCAGCAUGACGGUGUCAUUACGCCUCCAACCACACGAAUAGGAGGGAGGCUAAGUCUGUUCGCCGACGCUUGGCUCACUCUUGUUCAGGACGCCUGGAUCCACGAAGUGGUGACUCGAGGUUAUCACUUAGAGUUUUCAACAGAACCUCCUCAUCGGUUUUUCAUGUUCCAGACUUCCAGUUCAGCCAGACAAGCGAACAGCAUUUCAAAGUGUCAUCUCCAAACUCCUUCUCUCAAAGGUGAUCACUGCCCAAAAAGGACGGUUCAGUCCGGCCCAUCCUAGACCUAAAGGAAUUGAACAAAUUCAUUCGACCCUGAUGCUUCAAAAUGGAGUCUCUCAAGUUGGUCAUUGCAGCAAUGUCCCCGGGACAGUUUCUUAUCUCAAUAGACAUAAAGGAUGCGUAUCUGCAUUUUCCUUCACCAUCAGAAAUACUUGAGAUUUGCCUACCAGAAUCAUCAUUUCCAAUUCACAAGUCUUCCCUUUGGACUAACGUCGGCCCCUCGGGUCUUCACCAAGAUUAUGGCCGCAACCACAGCGGUAAUCCGCGGGUGCAGGGGGUUUCCAUCACCCCUUAUCUGGACGAUCUGCUGAUCAAAGCUCCAUCGAUUCCAGAGGCUUAUCGCUUCCUCAGUAUAUCUCUGGACAUGCUACAGAAACUAGGUUGGGUACUCAACUUAGCCAAGUCUUCUCUGAUACCCAAUCAAUCCAUGGUUUUUCUCGGGAUGCAAUUCAACACUCUAACACAGAGAAUAUCCCUUCCUCUGGAGAAGGCCCAUCGUCUUCAAUCAUUAGUAAGAUCCCUAAUACAAAAAGACAACAUUCUAUCAAGUUUUGCAUGAAGGCUCUGGGAGUCAUGGUUUCCACCAUAGAAGCGGUACCAUUCGCCCAGUUCCAUCUCCGCGAGCUUCAAUGGAACAUUCUAACAGUGUGGAAAAGGCGAUCCCUGCUACAGGAGAUUCAUGGUUGGCAGGGUAAUUUGUAAAAGUGCAAACCGGAGAGCAGCUGAAUAAAAAGCUAAAUAACAAAAAACAAAAACAAUAAAAAAUGAAAACCAUUUGCAGAUUGUCUCAGAAUAUCACUCUUUACAUCAUACUAAAAGUUAACUCAAACGUGAACAACCCCUUUAAUAAUACAAGGAGAAGAACUGCCAUAGUAAUACAGGCUCAAUAUAAAAAGAAAGAUGAUACAUAUAAACCUGAUACAGGGAGAAAUCUGGCAUUUUAGUACAGUUACUACUGGUGGGUAACUAAGAUCUUCCAUUGUUCUGGCACUGGUUAUUUUAGAGUUGCAUUUGGCCUCUCACCUGCCACUUUCUAUCAUGUCCUGCCCCCUUCUUCCAAAUGAUACAGACAUAGGGACUGACAAUAUAGACUGUUAUGUGAAGCUCUGACUAUUAGAGCAGCCGUCUCUUUGCUCUGCAGGCUGACGGAGGAAGCCAGAACCUAUAAUCGGGCAGGAAACAAGAACCAGGCUCUGCGUUGUUUGCGGAAGAGAAAGCUAGUGGAGCGUCGCAUUACGGAGCUGCAGAACAAGCAGGACAACAUACAGGGAAUCUUGGAGAGGAUAUCGGCUGCCGAAACAGACCGCAAGGUUGUCUCUGCGUACCAGAUGGGAGUCUCUGCUCUUAAACAGGCCCUAAAAGAUGUCACUUUGGAGAAGGCAGAAAGUAUUGUGGAUCAGAUUCAAGAGAAGUAGAAAUCAUGCAGAACAUUGCCAAAGUGGAACUGUUAGUUCAUGAGUAUUAGAAGAGGCAUAAAAAAAGGAAGUAAAGGGGAAAUGGAGAUCCUGUGAUAAAGGGCAAUGGCUGCAGUCAUCCUACCCAAGGUACAAAGCAGAACUAGCAAACAAAUUAUGCUGGACGGUGGGCGCUGGAUCAGAAAAUCAAAUAACAAAAUCAAAUAAGAAAAUCAAAUAACAUCUACAUUCUACAAUGAACACUUUAACGAAAAGACUUUGGAAAUGUAUUUCUUAUUGCUUUCCAUUUCGUAAAAAGAAACCUAAUGACAAUGCUGUUGAAGAAAUUGAGAUCAAACAGGAAUCACUAGAAAAACAACCUAUUGAAGCUAAUAGUGAAAGAGAAACGAGUUAUGAAGUAAACAGUGAAAGAGAAACAACUAUUGAAGCUAAUAGUGAAAGAGAAACGAGUAAUGAAGUUAAUAGCGAAAGAGAAACAACUGUUGAAGCUAAUAGUGAAAUAGAAACGAGUAAUGAAGUUAAUAGCGAAAGAGAAACAACUGUUGAAGCUAAUAGUGAAAUAGAAACAACUAAUGAAGUUAAUAGCGAAAGAGAAACAACUGUUGAAGCUAAUAGUGAAAUAGAAACCAGUAAUGAAGUUAAUAGCGAAAGAGAAACAACUGUUGAAGCUAAUAGUGAAAGAGAAACAACUAAUGAAGUUAAUAGCGAAAGAGAAACAACUGUUGAAGCUAAGAAGAAAAGAGAAACUACUACUAAAGCUCAUAGGAAAAGAAAGGCGGCUAACAAAUCUAAUAGUACAAGAAAAACUGCUAAGAAGCCUAAUGUUUCACCUGAACGGGAUAAAUUGUACUGUGACGAAUGUGUAUCCAGACAGAAGAGAUGCUUCGAAGAUCAGGUUAAAACAGCAGUUGCGAAAAAGAACGUUUUCUGGACUGACUUUAAAGGAUCCAAUGACUUCGAGAGAGGCCUAUUAAGUAGAGGAUGGGUGAAGAAAAUCGCCCCCACCUUCAAUGCUGGUCCCAAGAAAACUAUAUUUUGUGACCCAACAUAUGGACAUGAGAUUAUAAGUCGUUAUGACAUACAACCCAACCUCAUCCUGACACGCCAAAGAAUUGAACUCCAUCUUCUGAAAGAGGAUCAGAUAACCAAUCACUUUUACGGUGUGGACGCCACAAGCAAGAGUGGUCUGUGCAAUCUAUUAAGGCAAUGGUGUUUGUCGUGUGAUGCAAAUCCACACACUUUCUUCCCUCGUUGCUACAUGUUUAGUGAGAAAAAUGAAAAACAAGCAUUCAUUGAUGACUUUACCAUGACUGCGGCUUGUGGUAUCCUAAAAUGGGUUUUGAGAACCAAUGGGAAGUCUUUGCAAGAUGAAGUUAUUCCCAGCCGGAAAGAAAAGAAAGAAAAAACGGCUUUUUGCAUGUCAGAUGCUAAAAUAAACAAUCAUGGCCCUGCAAGAAUUGUUCCAGAAGAUAUUAUAGUAACAGCCCUUGUGGCUUGCCAGUUUCAUCUGUACGACUUGACACAUGAGGAUGAAGACGACAUAAUAUGUGCCGGGAUAGUUGAUAGAAAACAUUUCAUAAGUGACUACUAUCGGGUUAUGCAUCAUGGUGCGCACAUACAGAAUUCAGACAAGUAUGUUGAUUACUGCCACCAAUUGUUAUGUAAGCUGAGAAGAGUGAACCCACAACUAGAUAUAGAUGGAGAAAAAAACAUCUGGAUUUCAAAACCAAGAGCUCUAUCUAGAGGAAGAGGGAUACGUUGCAGAAAUGAUCUGAAAGACAUAUGUUCCUUGGGAUGGAAAUGGGUGGUUCAAAAGUACAUAGAGAGGCCACUUCUUGUAUAUGGAACCAAAUUUGAUCUCCGUCAGCAUUUCCUCAUAACGGACUGGCACCCCUUAACUAUCUGGUUCUAUAAGCACAGUUUCCUCCGUUUCUCAUCUCAGCCCUUCACGCUGGAGAGAUUAGAUACCGCCAUCCAUGUAUGUAAUAACAGCAUACAGAGAAAAUUAAAGAAUGCACCAAAUCGUCACCCCAACCUGCCUGAAGAAAACAUGUGGCACAGUGACGAAUUCAAAGAGUAUCUUUGUACAAUCGGAAAAGAGCAAGUCUGGGAUUCAAUCAUUAUACCAGGGAUGAAGAAAGCCCUCAUUCAUUCAAUGAAGGCCACUCGGGAAAAUGUGAAGUACAAGAAAAACAGUUAUGACCUUUUUGGUUCAGAUUUUCUGUUUGGAGAAAACUUCCAGCCCUGGCUACUUGAGAUACAAUACAAACCUGACAUAACCAAAGACACGCCAGUAAUGAAGAAAAUUGUUCCACCAAUGGUAGAGGACAUUCUACGUGUGGUGAUUGAUUACAAGGAUGACCCUAACUGUAAUGUGGGAGGAUUUGAACUUAUAUAUAAACAGGCAAAUUAUACUGGAAAUGGGAUUCUCAGUAAAGAAAAAACAUUUAGAGAUCUGAAGAUAACAACCAUCUCUGAUCCAUAACAGGUGGCUAGUGGGAUGAGUCUUGGAGGAAGGAAUAGUCCAACCAACCAUUUCCUUUUGAUGCCUAUUUUUUUCUUUGUUAUACCUUUUUUAAAAUAAAAAUUAUUUCCUUAA